AUGGGAACCGGUAUUGUUAGUGUUCUUCUGCACCAGCUUCCAUAUCAAUUCACAGGACUUGGUGUGAUAUCGAACGUCAUCUUCGGCUUCAACGUUCUGCUAUUUCUGCUCUUUCUCGGCAUCAGCAUCGCACGCUACGUCAUCUGGCCACAGCUCUUCUGGAUCAUGCUCUUCCACCCAACGCAGUCGCUGUUCCUCGGCACUUUCGUGAUGGGUAUGACCACUCUGAUCUCCAUGUGCGCCAUCUCAGCUGCUCCAGCGUGGGGCGGAGGAUUCAUCACCUUUACCUGGGUCUUCUGGUGGAUCAACGCCGCCCUUGCGCUCGUCGUCUGCGUCGGCUUACCCUUCGUCCAGUUCACUCGUCACGUCCAGUCACUCGACAAGAUCACCGCAGUCUGGAUGCUUCCCGUGGUCAGCACCAUCGUCUGCUCAGCAACAGGCGGUCUUGUAGCUGAGAUCCUCUCACCAGCACACGCUCGCCUCACCUUGUUCGCAUGCUACGUCUUAUGGGGCACAGGUUUCGGCAUGGCCUUCCUUCUCAUGUCGCUCUACUAUGCUCGACAGGCCAUCUACAAGAUCCCACCAGCUCAAGUUAUCACUUCGGCUUUCCUACCAAUCGGCCCGUGCGGUCAAGGUGCGUUUGGUUUGCUACAGUUCGCUUCAGUUCUCUACGACCUCUAUCAAAAGGACGGCACAGCGUUAGUUAGCCCCAAAGUAAGUGAUGCCGAAACCGCUCGUAUCAUGGCUACUGCCAUCUACGUUGUCAGUGUACCCAUCGCACUUGUCAUCUGGGGCCUCGGUCUAGUCUGGCUCAUUCUAGCAGUAUCUAGUAUGGUCGAUCUGUGGCUCGUCUCUAAGCUCACCUUCAAUCUGGGUUGGUUCGCAUUGGUCUUCCCUAUCGGAACAAUGGCUGCAGCUGCGAUCAAGUUCGGAGCAAUGCUAGAUUCAGGUGGAUUCAGGGUGAUUGGUACGGUGCUAGCGUUGAUAGUAUUGCUGCUUUGGAUCUUUGUUUCGGUCAUGACGAUGGCUAAGGCUUUCAGAGGGGACAUCUUUUUUUCGCCUUGUCUUGCGGAGAUGUGCGAUGAGAGAGGCGAGCCUCCCAACUACGUCGCUCCUGCGCGAAAAUAUCAAUAUCAGGCGAGGCCGACGACGAAUAACACUUUCGAUGGCAAUCAUGAAGAUGCGGACGCCGACAGAGCUGCUUCGAGGAGCAGAAGCAGGUUCAGGGGAAGAUUGGGAGGAGAAAUGGCUCUGUCGAGAGCGAGAAAGUGGAUCGCUGCGACGGCUUCGAGUUCUACUUCGCCUGCUGGUAGGUCGAGGAGCCGUGGUAGGAGAGCUAAUUCAUAG